AGUGUCCCUUCAGAGAAGAAAGGACGACCGACGAAAAUGAAGUCCUCAUUAGGAGUUUAAAGGAGAUCAAUAUUAUUUGACAUCGGACCACGUUAAUGAACGUACGCUAUCUACCCACUAUCCGGCUAGAUCCAAUGCGCCCGUGUGCACUGAGUUCUUCCGUAUCAAUCCAUCAUUAGCAGAAGUGACUCAAUGUGCUGGACAAAACAUACGAGAGCAGCAAGAAGAACGGUGACCAAACAGACCAUAUCAUUAUCCAACUAGGGCUAUAAAUAUCCAGAGCGUGGCCAAAGGAUCCUUGCCUAGGUUGUAUUUAUGUUGCUUUCAAUAGGAUUAGUGAUGAUAUUGGCGGCAACACAUUUCACAAGACACAAACCGAAAUAGGACAGCUUAUGCAAGGACCGUUUUCGUGCGACUUUGACGGGCGCAGAAUUAAUAUUGUUGCCUCGGAUAUUUGAUUUCGUGCUUCUAAAUUGUUUCGUCGCAGAGCGCCUGUAGAAAGUGACUGUCGUUUUCCUUCGUCGCUAGUUCUAGCCUUAGCAUAGUCACGCGCACGCCCGGUUCGUGUAAAUUACCGGCGAGGACGAGCUGUCAAGUUGUCCGGCCCCGUCGGAUGGGAUGACCAUUGAAGAGUGUUCUUCCGGAGGAGCGAUGGAGGAGCGCGACAAUAGCGCGACCCCCGACAUUGAAUCAAAUCAGGAGAACAGCGGUUGUCAUGGAACGCCUGGAGGGUCGAUACUAAAUCUAACCAAUAAAAAGGAACAACCGGACGAUGAUCAGGCCUCGUUGGACAUUAGAGGUCACGAUGUAGAAAGCAUUACAAGUUUAAAAAAUCAAAUAUUAGACUUCAAAGGCCAUAUAAAAGAUGAACAGCUAAUCAAAGAUCGCCAGCUUCUUCUUCGAGACCACCAUCCACUGUUGAAGGACAAUCCUUGUAGGGACGAUCGUCUUGAGGUGAAGGAGAACGUCGUUGUUGAUUCACUCGAUGAGCAAUCGUCCUGCGAUCGUUCGAGCCCGACCCGUUUCAGACAGGACGAGCCGACACAGGAGGUCAUAUGUCCAGACGAUGGCGAACCUCUAGAGUCUUUUCUGCUUAAGCAAGGUAACGCGCAGAGUCAAGGCCUUCCCUUUCCAAAUCCGAUCCAACUCCAAUUGCACCAGCAAUUGCAGUUACUUCAUGCAGCUGCCCUCCAGCAGCAUCAGCUCCAGGAUCACCUACAGCAGCAGCAGCAGCAGCAGCAACAACAGCCACUCCAAGCCCACUCGCAAACAUUGCACCAUUCACAAAAUAGCCAACACUCGUCGUCUACUGGCAACCUAUUGAGUAGUCACAUUCUAAAUCAGCAUCAACUACAGAACCAGUUACAACGGCAGCUUCAGUUAUCCCAACAGAAUUGUCGUCUACUUUUGAACAACAAUAACAACAACAACAAUAACAACAAUAACGGGGGAGCUAUUGCGACUUCUAUGAGUAAAACGUCGUUUUCGGUCGACGAUAUUCUCGACCCUGGAAAAUUUACAGGAGCAGCCCAACAGUUACAUGCCCAACUGCAGUUACAUGCGGCGGCCGCCGCGGCGGCCGCUGCGGCAGCAGGAGUGACGACGUCAAGCUCUCACGCGGCGGCUGCCACUCUCCAGGCGCUUGGACUUAAUAAUUUAGCUGUGUCUGCAUCGGCCGCUUCGGUAUGGGCUAACGCAAUAGGCCAACAACAACAACAGCAGCAGCCUCGAACCGCAUCUUCGAUGGCAUCAGCGACACAAUUGCAUCAUUUCGAAACGGAAAAUAGUCAGCAUUCGGACACAAAUGAUAUAAUGUCCGACGAGGAAAGUGCACCGGAUGAUGAACCGUCAAGCCCCACUAAUGAAGAUUGCAAGAAAUCUCCUUCAGCAGGAUCAGGUGGAAAUAGUGGGGGAAGCAAAAAGAAAUCAACAAGCUCCGAUAAACCAGCAGUUGGCUCCGGGCAAACAUCGUCUUCUGGGUCCGGUGGCGGAAGCUCAUCGAACGGAAGUUCUGGGUCUGGCGGAGGGGGAAAGCCCCGACGUGCGCGUACUGCAUUUACUUACGAGCAGCUUGUGGCACUUGAGAAUAAAUUUAAGACAACCAGGUACCUGUCCGUUUGUGAACGACUGAAUCUUGCAUUGUCGCUUCGAUUAACUGAAACGCAAGUAAAAAUCUGGUUUCAAAAUCGUCGCACUAAAUGGAAGAAGCAAAACCCCGGAAUGGAUGCCAACUCGCCAACCACAGCGCCCCCACCUCCAUCAUCGCUGGUCUCGUCAAGCACGGCAGGCGUCGCUGGACUGACGAACGCCGCCCUGGCCACCGGUGGCCUACCAGGGGGCCUUUCACCUUCGCCCCUUGGGCCACAGGGCGGCCUUCCGCUCUCACCAAGUGGAACACAAUUGGCUGCAGCCGCUCUUCUUUACGGGUCCCAGUUGCCCUACUUAUCAGCCGGCGGUAUUGGAAGUAUGGGUGGCGCUAAUUGCGCGAGUCCAUCGUCAUCGGUUUACUUUGGCGCCCCCACUAGCGGUGCAGCAGGCUCUGGAAGUGUUGUCUCAACUACCACAGCCUUUUCACCAACCUAUUUUCUUCCGCCAGCGCCGUCUUCGUCGCCUUCCACAACGGCCACUACUUGAACAGCAAGUACAAUCCGGACGACGACGAUGACAUCGAUUCUGAGCACCAGUGGACGAAUGAUCGGUCGCUAGCUGAGUAACAAAAUGAACGGACGCAAAACAGAGAGCGCACCUGUAUCUAUGUGUCUGUAUGUGUGAGAGAAAUGGCCGUUUAUUGUGAGAGGAGGUAGCAGCAGCAGCAGUGCCUGCCGUUGGGAUGUGAGGUCAAAAGGACAAAAUAUUGUUACUGCCCUGCGAGCUAAUGGCUAUCUCUGAUUGACUUCAUCAAUGAAUAAACAAUUGAAUGGCAGCCAUGAUGAGAACAACGAUGCUCUUAAAGUAAGUUCGGUCUCGUUUGUUAUCACGGUGUAGUGCAUUGACGCGUCGAGGAGGAACUUCUUAAAUAGGACGAUUCACGCAAAAGCCAAAAAUCAAAUCGUUUAUUUUGUUAAUCUUCCGUAAUCCAUGAGUAAACAAUUCGUGACGAAGUCGGCUCUUAAAGCCAACUAGGCUUAAUCUGGAAUAAUGUCAUACAAGACAAAGUUGUAACUAUCAAUGAACUAGUCGAGCACAUACCCAAGGAAAACGAGCUUAUACAACAACAACAACAAACUAAAAACACUUUUUUAACGGGGAAAUAAGCCUGCGGGAGUGUCAAUAUUCAUAUAUCAAUUAAUCUAUCGUAGAUUCGAGCCCGUGCAAGUAAUAAUGUACAUACUGUUUGUUAAUUGUCGAAACGGAGCAUGCUAAAAUAGCACUAACAAACGCGGGGAGAUAAACGAUGCAUGUGCAAGGGACCCUUGUAGCUUUAACACAAAGUUCUUGUGAAUCCAUUAUAAUAACUGCAUAGUAAAACAAAAUAAGUAUAAAAGUCCUGAACUUCCUCUGUAUCAUGAAACCGAAACGUUAAGCUAAUCAUAUGAGGUCUAUGAUCUGAUCGUUGACCUUCUGUACUCUCUACGACGGUUGCGAGUUAUUCAUUUCAUUAGAACAAAAUAGAACAAUAUUGUUAUUCGAAAGCUGGCAGAAUCCCAAAAAACAACUCGGAAUGUCUACCAUGGACAGUUCUCCAUAAUCAUAAGCAUCUGCGUGUUAUCAGACAACAGCAACAGGAGCAUUGUGACAAGAAACGCUGCAAUACAUUAUCGAUGAGAACUCAGUCCCAGGUCAGAAAAAUUAGCCUAGGGCAUGAGGACUACUAGUUAGUACAGAGACCGAAUCCGUUCUGUCCGGGAAAUGAUAGACCUUGUUCACUGUGUGUGUGUAUCGAAGUAACAACCUCAGCCCUAAGAAUCCAGUAGAUAUAUAAUUCACAGUCCUUCAACCAGAGAAUGCGCUUGUACAAAUGAGGGUAGGCUACCUAUGAGGAAGCGAAGUGUCGAGUCCUGCGUAUUACAAGUUCACCUCUUGCUCUCCUCAGUUCUUCUCUAUAUACACGUAUUAGAUAAUUUUAUUUGUAUACUAUGCUCAUGGGUGCAGGUUCCACUGCACGUGUCAUGUGUAGGAUUUUUGUAAGCAUCAUAUACGGAUUUUUGAAAAUGUAUAUUUACUGAAAUUUAUCAUCGAUACUAGGAUCCUCGGUAUUCUUGAUUAUAUCUGCCUUCUUGUAUAUAAUAUAUGGACAUUGUAGUAUUGUUUUAACGCGAUUUAGCAUGGAUAAAUGCAACAAACAUUUUCUGCAGUGUUGAAUUGAUGCAACGCGUUGGAGAUUAACUAAAGUAAAGUCGAUCUGGGCGGGUAGGCGGUCGGUCGAGAGGCUGAGAUACAUUACUGAAGAAGUCAGCGUAAUGUGUAUAUAAAUAUAAAUACGAGACAGGAAGAAUACGGAUAAGGAAUCACAAGCAGUGGACAAAAGAGGGUCUAAAAAGCCUCGAUCUUCUGUCCAAUGAUCAGUAUCUAUAUAAUACAUUAUAUAAAAACACGUUCUUGUAUGUCUUAGAAUGCGAACGCCAUCGAAUGUCUCAUAAAACAAAUAAAUUAUACGAAACUAUAGUAAAGGUACGAGGAUGUGUGCUAUCUCCCUGA